AAAGUCGGCGCGGAGUGUAGCCGAGCGGUGUAUGUCUCGGCGCGGCGGUUCACAUUUAGGAGGCGGUGGUGUCGGCAGUGGGUCGCGCGAUUUCCGCCAGGACAGUCGUUCGUCUUCGCUCCUCCAACAAUGGAUUAUACACGGACCUUCACGACCAGAACCGAAUAAUCGCGAUCCCAGCCUAGUGUCCUGAUUGCCCCAGAGUACCAACGAACUUCACACACGCACCGAACAGCAAACAAGGCCAUGGCACUAAAUGAAGACUCAGUCACACCGAUCCAAGAUUUCUAUCGAGGAGCCACAGUGCUGAUCACUGGUGGAACCGGUUUCUUGGGCAAAGUGCUGAUAGAAAAACUUCUGCGAUCAUGUCCUCACAUCAGCCAAAUCCUGCUACUGAUAAGAAGCAAGAGGGACAUAAACUCCCAAGUGAGAUUAGAAGCCAUGAUGGACGAUCCUAUUCUGAAGGGCGUGUCAGACAAGAACCGUAUAAAGGUAAUGGCUAUAUCAGGAGACUGCACUCUACCAGGGCUUGGGCUCUCUGAGGCCAACAAACAGUUCCUCUUGGAGUCAGUCACAGUUGUCUUCCACGUGGCAGCUACUGUCAGGUUCGACGAAGAUCUGUCAACAGCAGUUUCCAUCAAUGUUGUAGGAACAAAAGCCAUUUUAGAUCUGGCUCAAGGAAUGACCAAAUUAAAGGCUUUUGUGCAUAUAUCAACGGCGUACUCACAGUGUCACCUACAGCACAUAGAAGAGAAGUUCUACACUCCUCAGUACAAUCCUGAGAAACUAAUCAGGCUGACUGAAUGUGUAGAUAAAGAUUUCCUGGAGCAUCUUACACCUAUAUUGUUGAAAGAGUCACCAAAUACAUACAUUUACACCAAAGCCGUAGCAGAAGAACUUGUCAAGACCUACAGCAAAGUUCUACCUGUAUCUGUCUUCAGACCCAGCAUAGUGGUGGCAACUCGGGAUGAGCCUUUUCCAGGAUGGAUAGACAAUAUGUACGGCCCAACCGGAGUGGUUGUUGCAACCAUCACAGGGAUUAUGCGAACUCUACAUUGUGAUCCAGACAAAUUGGCUGAUAUUGUGCCAGUCGACAUGGUUGUCAAUGGGCUCAUUGCUACCGCGUGGAAAACGCAUGAAAGGAAUAACAAGAUAGAGACAUCUGAUGAGCAGGCGCAAGUAUUCAACUUCGUCUCGAGUCCAGAGAAACCCAUCAAGUGGUCCCAGUUCUUCACUCUGGGCAUGAAGCACCGUUUGCCAACAAUACAUUCUGUGUGGCACCCAAAUCUCAAACUGAAUCGCAGCCAACUGCUACACAGAGUACAAUCUUUUCUGUACCAUUUCAUACCGGCCUUCUUAGUCGAUAGCAUAGCCCGUGCCAUCGGCAAACGCACAAAUCUAAUGAAGAUUUCAAACAAAGUGGCCCGGUUUGGAGAACUUAUUUCAUACUUUGCCACUCGUCAGUGGCACUUCAGCAACAGAAAUGUUCAGGACUUGUGGCAAUCCAUGGGAGCUGAGGAUAAGGUGCUGUUCCCAUUCACAUUCUCUGAGCACGACUGGGAGACAUACUUCAAGAACUACCUGAAAGGUACUCGGCAGUACUUGCUGAAAGAUGACCUGUCCACGCUUCCUCGAGCUACAGCAAGGGAUAGGCGAUUUUUCUGGCUCCACUACACUAUGAAGAUGGUCUUCCUCUACCUGAUGGGUAGAAUGAUGUGGAAGACGGCCGGACCCCUCUGCCUAAGGCUAUUCUUUGCACUUGUUACUUUCUCUCAGUCUCUGCGAUGAACACUUCACGAAAGCUUCUGCCAAACCGUCCAUGUUACUUAACGUCCAUUUUGCCUUUUUAUAUGUGCUGAUUGUUUGUACACUUUAAGUAGAGUAUUUUUAUACUAUAAAGUUUUUCAGCUUGAAGUGUCUAAUGUCUGUUUGUAAUGAAUGUAUAGUUUUAUAAAAUCCAAAGAUAUUAACCCAAGAACUUGCAACUGAAUUACCUCUAUUGGCAGACCACUUUUUCAUGUUUUGCAAGAGUAUUUCAUAAAAAUAUGACAAAAUACUGAAAGAUAUUCAUUUAUACAUUGUCAUAAUAUAUGUCUUAUUUUUCAUAAAAGUCAGAAUUUUUACUGUCCAUGUUGCUAUAAAUAAAUAUUUCAUUGCUUUUUGUUUUUUUUUUUUGGAAUAUUUUUAUUUUUUUUAUAUUUAUUUUGUUUUAGGGAAAAAACUGUACCUGCAGAAGUGGUAUAUAUUUGCUAAACCAAAAUUAUAAAUUAUUUGUAAAUUUCUCUAGUUUCAAGAAAUAUAAAAUUGUAUGAACUUAUUGCAUAAGUUUUUAUUUUUAUAUUGAUUAAACUUACAAUAGAGCAUGUUUAUAAAAAUGUACAUUACCUUGGUAACAUGUUAUAUUGCAACAAUAUUUUUUCUAUGCAUGAAACUGUAUUAUUACAAUAUUAUGCAACAGAGAAAUACUUUUCAAAACAUGUUUAUACCACUUGAGUAAAUAAUAAAAAAAUAACAUAAUUGCAACAAAAAAUGUGGUACUUGGGUAUUAUCUGGAUGCCACUAUUUUUAACAGUUUAUCUUAUCGAGGACCUAAAAAACAAAAUAAUUAUAAAGAGCAAACAUUGUUUGACUUACUGUAAAAAUUACAUGUGGUUAUGACAAUCGGUAAUUGAUUUCUGCCUUCCAAAAUGGAGCGAUGUCAGUAAGAAGUAAGCCACUCUGUCCCACGUUCAUAUUACUACGUGAUAUAAAUACGUCUAUAUUAGGUCUCUAGACCAAUAAUUUAUAUAUUAUGUUACUAUUAGUACCAAAGUAAGAUAACCUCUUUUCGAGGACUAACAUGAUAUGAGCUUGAAUUUAGGUGCUAUCUCAAAGGAUUCUUUCGGGGGGCAUUUCCGAUUGGUACUCUCCUGAACUCAGAUCACGCCACAGAUCAUCCAACUUUUCUGAUAUUAGAUCACAUUAAUUGAUCUGGCACGUGAUCUGAGUUCGGGAAAAUACCAAUGGGAAAUACCCCUGGGCAUCAGUGCUCUUCGACUUGUAUCAAAGACGACCACGAAUCGAACUUCAUACUAAUAGAUAAAUCGCUUUAUCCGCUACCGAGUGAUACCAUUAAUUUCGUAAAAGCAUUAUAGUUAAUAUAUAAAGUGGCUUUUUCGCUGUGAUGUUAGAUCGUCCAGUUGUUAAGAGUGAUAGAUCGUUGCUGCAGCAAUGGUCACCAGUACCUCGGUUAAAACCCCUAAUAGGAAAAAGAUGCAUUUCAUAAUACCAGAGUAUUUUUAUUCACAGUGGCAUGAUAAGGUUCUAUACCAGAUAUAGUAUUAUUCUUCAACAAAUGUACAUGUUUGCUAUAUUAUGUGUUGGUUACUAAAAUGGCAAAUAGUAUCCAGGAGUUUUCUAACUGUUAUUUCACUUAAAUCUCCAAUUUACUUAGUAUAUUGUACAUUUAAAUAGUAGUGCCUGUAACUUUACCUAUGCUAAAUUUAAAUAUUAUCAGGAUGUCUAUUUCUUUAAAUACAACAACGCUAAUAAUGUUGCUAUAAAUGUUCAAUUCCAAUUUUAUAUUCAUUAGAUAUUUAUUUUACUUUCUUUGAAACCAAACACCCUUUUAUAGUUAUUAGUUAGUUUAAGAGAAGUGCAAUUAAAAAUAGUUAUUUAUAUAAGCUAAAGUGCAAUUAACUGUAACUAUUACUAUCUAUUUGCUACUAUGCUAUUGAUAAGUACAUCACUGUAUGUUUUGUACAGCGAACAUGUUAAACAUGUUUGCUUGUACUGAUUGUGUUUGAAUUAUGUGAUUCUGUAUGUCUAUGUUAAAAGUAAAAUAUUUAUUAAACUA